CCGUUGCCGGGGAGCGGCCGCCGGACCCGCCGGCCGGGGGAGCAGGCGGCGCCGAGAGGCUCCUCCCGGGGACUCCGGGACCUCAGGGUUCCCCGUCAUGCAGCAACGGGCCCUGCGCCUGCUGGACCACCCCGGGCCUGAAGGGGAGCCGCCGCGCCUUCUCUCCCCUGGGCCUGCCGGGCCACAUCUGACCACGCGUCCCUGACCCUGGGCUUCACCGGCAGCCCCAGCAGGAGCCCUCUCCUGGGUCGGCUGGGCUGCCGUCACCCUUUAGAGCUGGCCGCUGGACUAUGCCAUCCAAGUGCCUGGGGCAUUCAGACGCAGCCCCCCCGCAGCCCACCCCCCAGGGGCAUCUGGGGCCCGAAGGCAGAAUGCUGAAGGGAGAGCUUCCAAACCCGGGCAAAGACCUCGUACCCCACCCGGGGUCCCUGCCUACCGGCGACUGUCAGGGCCCCGAGAAGAGCCCCGUCCUCCCUCUGAACCUUCCAGCGGCUGUCAGCAAUGAGGACCCGCAAGCUAAGGCGAAACCCUUCACCCCAAAGCCACCCGCGAGGCCCAGGCUGGAGCGAGCUCUGUCGCUGGACGAGAAGGCGUGGAGGCGGCGGCGCUUUCGAGCCAGCCACGAGGACCUGGCCACGCGCAGCGGGACCAGCCCCUCCAGGGGCUCCCUGCAGGCCGAGACCCCCCGGUCGCCCGCGCACACCGGCUCCCCGCCCUGCCUGAGCACCUCCUUGCAGGAGAUCCCCACGACCCGCAGGGCCCAGGGCAGCGCGGGAGGGAGUCCCUCCUCCUGGGGUCACUGUAUCUCCGGCAUGAUCGGCACCUCCCUGGACCUCCUGCACCGGGGCGGGGGCUCGGCCGGGAGCACCGGCAGGCUGCCCGCCCCGGACCAGAAGGUGGCCCCCGACUCCCUGCGCACCGCGAGCUCCGCCGGCAAGUCGCGCCUGCAGGGCAGGCUGUUCCGGGCCCACAGCAGCCUGGGCCCCGGCCGGCCCCCGAGCCCCCUGGCCUGUGAUGCCAAGUCCCCGUUCAGCCUCCUGGCCCCCAUCCGCGCCAAGGACGUCCGCAGCAGGAGCUACCUGGAGGGGAGUCUGCUGGCGAGCGGGGCCCUGAUGGGGGCGGACGAGCUGGCCCGGUACUUCCCGGACCGCAGCCUGGCCGUCUUCGUGGCCACGUGGAACAUGCAGGGCCAGAAGGAGCUGCCCCCAAACCUGGACGAGCUCCUGCUGCCCGCCGAGGCCGACUACGCCCAGGACCUGUACGUCGUCGGGGUGCAGGAGGGCUGUUCCGACAGGCGGGAGUGGGAGGUGCGCCUGCAGGAGACGCUCGGCCCCCGCUACGUGACGCUGUACUCCACGGCCCACGGGGCGCUCUACAUGUCCGUGCUCAUCCGCAGGGACCUCAUCUGGUUCUGCUCAGAGGUGGAGAGCUCCACGGUGACCACGCGCAUCGUGUCUCACAUCAAGACCAAGGGGGCCCUGGGCGUCAGCUUCACCUUCUUCGGCACCUCCUUCCUCUUCAUCACGUCUCACUUCACCUCCGGAGACGGGAAGGUGAGAGAGCGGCUGCUGGACUACAGCAGAACCAUCCAGGGCCUGGCCCUGCCCAAGAGCGUGCCCGACACCAGCCCCUACCGCUCCGACGCCGCGGACGUCACCACACGGUUCGAUGGGGUGUUCUGGUUUGGAGACUUCAAUUUCCGUCUGAAUGGAGGGCGCGUGGCCGUGGAGGCCAUCCUGAAGCAGGAGCUGGGGGAGAAGGCGUCUGCCCUGCUUCAGCAUGACCAGCUCACCCAGGAGAUGAAGAAAGGGUCCAUCUUCAAGGGCUUCCAGGAGCCGGACAUCCAUUUCCUUCCAUCGUACAAGUUUGACAUUGGGAAGGACUCCUACGACACCACGUCCAAGCAAAGGACCCCCUCCUACACGGAUCGGGUCAUGUACAGGAGCCGCCACAAGGGUGACAUCUGUCCUGUCAAGUACUCCUCCUGCCCUGGCAUCAAGACGUCUGACCACCGCCCCGUGUACGGUCUGUUCCGGGUCAGAGUGAGGCCGGGGAGAGACAACAUCCCCCUGGCUGCUGGCAAGUUUGACCGCGACCUAUACUUAAUAGGAAUUAAAAGACGAAUUUCCAAAGAAAUUCAGCAGCAGCAGCAGCAGCAGCAGCAGCAGCAGCAGGCCCCGAAGGACCAGCAUUCCAGCGCCGUCUGUACGGUCUCUUGAGGAGGCAGGCCCACGGACGUUCGCCACCCACAGCAGGGGCGUUAUUUGGCCACAGGCCCCCUGGAGAAGACGGAAGAGGCUGCCGCCUCGGAAUCUUUCUGGGACGCUGGCGAACUACCUCUCGAGGCCGACACACUUUGUCACCAAGAACCCAACAGGCGGCCAGCAAGGCGGUACUGAGGCACCAGUGUCCCGUCUGGAAGGAAGCCAGCCGCACCCUCCCCAGGCAGGCCCGGCAUGCCGGCGGUCCCCGGCCGGCAGGCGCACAUGCUCCUGGUGUCCUCCUUUGCGCGCCCAGAGCCGACGCUGGCGGCGCUCCAGCAGCCCCUCAAAUGCAGACCAGGAGAUGCCCUUCCCCGUCUGAGUCCAGGGGGCCGGCUACUGAACAGGGGAGCUCAGGGUGAGGUGGCUGGGAGCUUCGGUCCCACCAGUGCGUGUGAGGACCGAGCUGAGGCCCGGCUGGUCAGGCCACAGGCAGCGACUUCCGAGCGGAGAGCCCCGGUCCUGCUGAACCAGGCCUGGGGCAGGGGCGGGGGGGGAGGCCUGGCCUGUCUGGGGGCCGCCUCCGGCCUCGCGCAGCUAGCCUCGCCCUUCCAGCCACGAAGCCAUUUCCUCUCCUGGUUUUUGGUGACUUGAGACCAUUUGCUUUUGUGUGACCAGCUACAAACAGCGUUAACGUGAGUAGUGCGUUUCCCGGCCUGAGCAACAGCUGGAUGUGUAGGGCGGCAGCGCCUUGCCAGCCGAGGCCGGCGCCAACCACAUUCCCAUCUCUGUUAGAGGGCCACGAUCACUCCUGAAAAACAUAGGCUUUGAAUGUGGAAAAAAACCUAGGGGCAUUCACUCUAGUCUUUAAAGUUAUUUAUUUUUCCAUAUUUAUAUUUUUAAAUAAAUCCAUAUAUUAAAUCUUAAACUCUUUCUGGCUAAAGACGGGAGUCCUAGAAAGAGGUCAUCUACGUACUCGCCCCACGCUUACGACAUUCCCAGAAAAGAGCAGUUCAAGUCCAGCUCAAAGGCAGGAAGUCUGGUGUUGACUGUGGCCGCACCGGCGGCCCCGCCUCCCUCUGCCGCCUGCUCCCCACCCUGGCUGCCACCCCUGCAGACGCACCGGCUGGGGGGGGGGGCCUUUCAGGGAGAAGGGACCCCGGAGACCUGCGUGAGCCGUGAUGCAGCAAACCCACUUCCAGAGCGAGGCACCAGCUUGAUCAGCACCGGCUCCAGACCCCGGCGAGACCCCGGUCUGGUGACAGAGGAGGCCCAGUCCGCUCCACCUGACUUCACGAAACAUCAGAUGAUCUAUAAAAUGUUGUUCAAAGCAAUGUGCCGUUGAGUUUUGAGUCAAUAAACUGAAAAUCUCUUACA